AUGCUGGCUUUCAGCAGUCCUGGCGUACAGUCCUCCCUCGUCGUCAAAUCUGCCGCUACCAUACGUCCCAGCGACCGCCUCGUCGUUGGGCGCGACGCUUCAUUGAUAGUGCCUCGUCUGUAUCUGUCGAAUCUCCUCACCGCAGAAGACGAGCAGCAGCUGACUGCGCUCGGCAUUACGCAUGUGGUGUCCGUUAUUGAGCACCCGCCCAACCUCCCGAAGUCGCUGCCUCAUCUGAGAACACUGCAUAUACCCAUCACAGACUCGAUGGGGUCGGACCUCCUGCGGCAUCUGGACGAAACGACCGCGUUCAUUCGGGCGGCACUCGCGGAGGACCCGCGAAAUAAUGUCCUCGUGCACUGUUUCGUGGGCAUGUCGCGUUCCGCGACCGUCGUCUGCGCGUUCCUCAUCGCAACAACGUCCAUGAACGCUGCCGACGCGAUUGGCUUCGUCGCGUCGAAGCGCUGCGUUGCCUCGCCAAACAUCGGGUUCCGCCGGCAGCUGGAGGAGUAUUCGGCGCGCUUUCAUCCGCCGCCGCCCCGCGUGUCGCACCGCAUAGCGAAGGUGAGCGGGGUGCUCGUUGAGCGAUUACGCUGGUGGAAGAGCGGGCCUACCGCUGGUGCGCCUAUUGCGGGGGCAGAGCAGGUCAUUCGGACCGUUGCUACGGAAGAGACAGUCCACGAUGGAUGUUUAUGA